AUGUCACCCCUCAUUGGCUCGCAGCUCUUUCUGUGUGUGGAGCGACAUCUGCUGUCCAGUUUUGAUACGCGCUGCGCCAAGUGUCGCCAUCCUGUCCUGAUAUUUGUGGUUGUCGUCUGCGGCCUGAGCGGGCCAUUUCAUUACGGGUAUAACAUAUCGGCGAUGAAUUCCCCCUCCAAAGUUCCGCUGAAACGAAUCUUACAUCAUUUCUCCCAUGUGCACAGGUAUGAGUUCAUCAAGGCCCUGAUAAAUGACACACUGCUGGAGAGAUACAACACCACCCUGGACAAUUUCCAAGUCUCCCUCAUGUGGUCCAUUACUGUGUCUCUGUUCAGCCUGGGAGGGGCAGUGGGGUCAGCGGCAGCUGGUUUCCUGCUUUCAAUUGUGGGCAGGAAGAAAUGCAUGUUGUUGAACGCCAUUUUGGUCAUGGCUGCCGCCGUCCUGAUGCUCACCAGCAAGUAUGCCAGGUCUUUCGAGAUGAUCAUGAUCGGACGCUUUCUUUACGGCAUGAAUGCAGCGAUCAGUCUUGCGGCUCACACUAUGUAUAUGACUGAGUGUGCUCCAAAACACCUGAAGGGAGCCGUGGGUCAGACCAUCAUCAACUUCACGUGCCUCGGGAGACUCUGCGGUAUGCUGCUGGGGCUCAGUGAGUUACUCGGUAACGAAGAUUACUGGAAUGUGCUGCUCGGCUUCAUUAUCAUCACCGCCUUCUUGCUGCUCGUCAGUCUGGCAUUUCUGCCCGAGUCCCCCAGCUUCUUGCUGCUUAACAGAGGAGACCGACUGGAGUGCGAGAGAGCUCUCAAGAAGCUGUGGGGAGACGGAGACCACAGCGGUGCGAUGGAGGAGAUGCUGCAGGAGAAAGCCGCCUUGGAGACUGCUGACACCGUCUCCGUGUGUGGACUGAUCCGGGACAAAAGGGUCCGCUGGCAGCUCAUCACCCUGAUUGUCACCUUCGUCUCGCUGCCGCUCUCUGGUGUCAUUGCUGUGUACUUCUACUCCUUCGAAGUGUUCCGUGCAGCAGGACUCGAGGAAAACCUGUUCCCCUAUCUUGCCUUGGGAAUGGGCGCUGUUGAGUUUGUGUCCUCUCUCCUCGCGUUCCCCCUGUUUGUGCGCAAAGGCACCAGGUUCCUGUUGAUGAUGGGCUACGGCAUCAUGGCUGGAACCCUGGUUUGCCUCACCAUUAGUCUGGCUCUGCAGUCGUACACCACUUGGAUGCCGUAUGUCAGCAUGGCCCUCAUCUUCAUCUUCAUCGCCGGCUGUGCGAUGGGACCGGCCGCGGCGACCCCUCCUCUUCCAACGCAGAUCUUCCCCCACGCCUUCAAGUCGGCUGCCCUCAGCCUCGGAUCUGGCAUCGCCUGGACCAUCUUGUUCACCAUCAGCAUGAGCUUCUCUUUCAUGGUGGAGGGGAUGCGUCAGUAUUGCUUCCUCAUCUUCCUGGUCUUCUGCGUCGGCUGCGGGCUGUUUGUGACGUUCAAAUUUCCCGACAUCAAGAACCAUGGCGUGCAUCAGGUCGCUGUGGCCUGCGAGAUGAGAAACGGGGCCGCAGCGCCUGCGGUUGCCCCAGAAAAUGACACCAAGAAAAGCAAUGGGCAGGUUGAAAGUGAGGAGCAGGAUGAAAAUGAUGAAAUGGACACUGUAAUGUAAUGUGUCAUUUCAGCCACUCUCACUAGAAAAGUGAGCUUUCUUAAUUUUCUUGUGUUUGAUUUGAUUGUUUGAAAAAUACAGAAUGAAGUUCAAUAACGGAAAAUGUGUUUAUUCUGAACUAAUCAUACUUUAUUAGUCCCCUUUAUAAAGUACUUUAGAUUGUGUAUUAACCCAUCCUACUUAGUGCAGGGGCAGAGCCACAUAACAGCAUUGGAGGGACCUGAUGGACGUCAAGGAUUAGUUUAAAGGAACCCACCUGUCCACAGAGUAGACCCAACCUCAGGGCUUCUGAUCCCAAAUCCCCCUCUCAUAGUUUGUACUUGUUUGUUGUUUAUGCU